AUGUCGGGCUAUCGUCCCCGUCAUAAUGAAUCGUCGUUGCCAGACCUCAACGAGUCUGCUAUGCCCCGCCAAACGUUGCUACCAGAUUUGAAUGCGUGUAGCCAUGAUCAAGGUUAUAGGUCUCCGUUUUAUGAACCCGGUUACGUUCCCUCGUACGGACAGGAAGAAUAUGGCAAUAACGUUUUCGUUAGUGGUCCCUCGGGAGUACAAGGAGACCUUAGUCACCCUUCUUACGUGCAAGAGUCAUUGGGUGACGAUCCAGCCGUGCAAGAGUCAUUGGGUGACGAGCCACCCGUGCAAGAGUCAUUGGGUGACGAGACACCCGCUUACCCUGAAGUUUCGUACAAAAUUGAUCAGAUGUUUUUAAUUACCUAUGGAAUAACUGGUUAAGCACCUCCAGACAAUUGUUCGUAUCUGCAUGGACCAAUCAAACCCUG